GCGGCUUCCCCGUGUUUGCCAGUCAAAGAGCUUUUAAGCCCUUCUAUGGGUUAUUUUUUGGGCUUGAACGCCUUAUGUCACGUUUUUGGGCUACACGGGGUGUUUUGUUAACGCCUUGCGCCUAGGCUCGCCCUGGCGGCGCCUUUAUGGACCUUUUAGAACACUGCAUGUGGCUAUAUAUAAUUGGAGGGCAUUCCAUGUCAGCAAUUUGUUUAAGGGAAAUUUUACGGUGCAGGCACCUUCCGGGACGUUUUGGUGCACCUUAUUUUCGGCCGCCUGUACGAGGAGCAGUGAACCCAGAAGGAAGACAAAGGAAGGAGAAGAGCUCCAUCCUGCAAACUUUGCAAGUUCUUCCUCACCCUCCUCUCCCCUACAUCCUCCUAGAAGAGUGCAGAGCCAAUCUUCAACAAAAUUGCAACCACGGGUGGCUUAAUCGACUUCUCAAAGACUCUAGGUAGCCAGCUUCACUGAAUUCCCGAACUGCUUAUCGAACUCUUGAACUAACCAGGCUCUGGAUUCUGGAGGCAGCCACACAAACUCUCGUCAUCUUUAGGGAAUGAUGCUGGUGUGUAUAGUUGCAAGACCAGAAGGAGAAACAGAUGGAGGUGCUUGACCUUGUCUAUUCUUAUAAUUGGUAGUGAGUGCUAGUGUUACUAACUUUUAUUUAGGCUCCACUAUUUAUAAUGACGUGUUGGACUUCACACUAGUAUUAUGAUCCACACAUGCUAGUUUGAUGCACACCUGCUAUUUCAAUUCUAAUUACUAUAUGUGUUGUUCUUCGCACUAUUAUUAUAAGUGUACAAGAAUUUGUCCUCUAAAGUAAUCGGUAAGUUUUGAUUUAAUUGAAGUGUAAAUAAUCGAUGUUAACUAUAAUUGAGUCUUUUAUUUGAACGUCCAGUUUAUAAACAAAAGGGAAGAAGCGGUGGAAGACGUAGCAGAAGUGGAUAAAGUGGAAGAGGCGACGAUUGUGAAAGAGUUGGAAGAAGCGGAAAAGGUGCUAGGAACUCAAGAAUUAGUUGAAUAAAUGUAAUAGGUAGUCUAUUGAUUGUUUUUUUCAUGUAUUAUGAGGGAAGAAAUGGCUGGUUUUUUUGAGGAGCAAUACUUUUGGAUGUUUUUUUAUCACAUCUAAUUUGUGAAGAGCUGAAUAUUUGCACUUGUU